ACGGCACAGAGGCCCGCCCCCGCUUGCGCGACCGGCCCCGGCGGGGCGGAAGGGUCCGGGCGGAGGAGUCGCUCUGUCCCGGCGGCGUGGUGUGACACGACCGCCGGGGUCGCGGGUACGAGCGCCGCACGGAACCACUACUCCCAGAGCAGCCGGGGCCCCCCAUCUCCGCCUCGCCGCGCUCUCAGGCGCCGAGCACUACAACUCCCGGCGUGCCGUGAACUGGACGGCCGAGCUUCUGGGGCGGUGUCCAGCCGUCCCGCCCACCCCGCUCGCCCGCUGCGUCCCCGCUGCUGCCCCCGCAGCGCGCGGAGCCGGGACGCGAGUCAUGGAGGAGACGCCGCCCCCAGGCUGCAGCAAGCCGCACCUGGAGAAGCUGACCCUGGGCAUCACCCGCAUUCUAGAAUCUUCCCCAGGUGUGACAGACGUGACUAUCAUAGAAAAGCCUCCUGCUGAACGUCAUAUGAUUUCCUCAUGGGAACAAAAAAAUAACUGCAUGCUACCUGAGGAUGUGAAGAAUUUUUACCUGAUGACCAACGGCUUCCACAUGACAUGGAGUGUAAAGCUGGAUGAGCACACCAUUCCACUGGGCAGUAUGGUUAUUAACAGCAUCUCAAAACUGACUCAACUCAACCAGUCUUCUGUGUAUUCACUCCCUAAUGCACCAACUCUGGCAGACCUGGAGGAUGAUGCACUUGAAGCCAGUGAGAACCAGCCAGAGAAGCCUCACUUUGAUUCUCGAAGUGUGAUAUUUGAGCUGGAUCCUUGCGAUGGGAAUGGGAAAGUUUGCCUUGUCUACAAAAGAGGGAAGCCAGCAUUGGCGCAAGACGCUGAGAUUUGGUUCCUGGACAGAGCGUUAUACUGGCAUUUUCUCACAGAUACCUUUACCGCUUACUAUCGCCUGCUCAUCACACACCUGGGCCUGCCACAGUGGCAGUACGCCUUCACCAGCUACGGCAUUAGCCCACAGGCCAAGCAAUGGUUCAACAUGUAUAAACCCAUCACCUACAACACAAACCUACUCGCAGAAGAGACCAACUCCUUCGUGAACAAGCUGGAUCCCAGCAAAGUGUUCAAGAGCAAGAACAAGACCUUAAGCCCCAAAAAGAAAGGGCCUGUCCAGCCUGCAGGUGGCCAGAAAGGGCCCUCAGGUCCUCCUUCCACCUCUAAAUCCUCUUUUAGUCCUGGAAACCCUGUCCGCAAAUGAGCACCUCCACAUCCCUGCCAGCCCCACAGCGAUGAUUUCCAUGUACAGAUGGCCCAAGCCUCCGAUUCUGUGUGUAGCACCACAGGCCUCUUCGCCAUCUAAGUGAGCCAAAUCCUAGUCCUUUUACUCCUGUUGGCAUUAGCCAGGAGUUCAAGGGCAUUCUCAGGUCUCCCCCAGAGUCCUUUCCUCACCCCCAGCCUCCAAAAGCUGUGGAGAGCUUCAGAACUUACUAAGUAGCUAAAUAAUCUGUUCAGGGCUUUCCCCUCUCCCCACCCCCACUCCUCUGCAUCCCUCAGCCAUGAUUAAAGAAGGCCCCUGAGGAAAUCGCUGGUUUUGACCCAUGAGACAUUAGAACUGUAUUCUUCAGUUAGUAACCACUAGCCACAUGUGGCUGUUUAUAUGAAAAAUUCUGUUCCUCAAUUGCAUUAGCCAUGUUGUGAGUAUUCAUGUGACUAGUAGAUUCUGUAUUAGACAACACAGAGAUAAUGGAACAUUUCCAUCAUCACAGAAAGUUCUGUUGGGCAGCACUGCGUUAGAAUAUUUUCAUGCUGCCCUUUCUUGGUUCAUUUUUGUUAGAAAAUGUGGAUACCUUAAUUUGAUGGGUCAUAAUGGUCCAUGAAAAUUCUUGAAGAUACAAUUGUACAUGUUCUUUUUAUUUUUCAUAAGUAAUUCUCUUCUCCCUUUUCAGAUUGCUAUAAAGUUUGUCAACAUUAUCUUAAUUUUUUUUUAAGAGGAAGUGAUCUGCUGUACUUGAACCAUUUAAAAACAAAAACUCCCAAGUAUUGUCUACAGGACUCUUCAUAAAGAAUUUUGGUAAAACCACUGUUGACAAGAGCUUUCCACCUGCUCUGCCUUCUAACUGCUUCCAACAAUUCAUGGAGUGGCAGAAAGGGACAAAGAGGGACCAAGCUGUCAAGGAAGAGAGCUGAAGUCUUAGUCUUUUAGAAAUAUUUUUCUUCCAAAACUGAUCAAACCAAAGGGAGAACCAAUAACACCAGAUAAGUGAUUCCAGCCUGUGGCUGCUACUCCAGAACAAGUCAGGGUCAGAAGGGGAUUGAGAAGUCCUGUCAUCCUCUCCUGUGGCAAGCACCCUUCCUCUAGUGCUUGUUGAGUCCCCUGAGGUACUUUGAAGUCAGGCCUGGCCCCGUUCUGCUUUCCACAGGUGAGGCAGCAGAAGACCCAGGAGGGCAGCAGAGCCCUUCACAUCAGCAGGAGCCCUCUUAGGAUAUAGCAGAGGAUGGGGGUUCUGGUGAGGAAAGGAGAGCAUGAAGACUCGGGCAGCUAGCUGAUGUGUAGGGCCCAGCACAGAAGAAGUCCAGAAAUUAGGGAAAUAGUACCAUUAAAGGCAUUGAAAUGUUCUCCCUUUCUUCCAUGGUCUCUCACAUCUUGUUACGGUGGAUUUUUAUUUUCUACUUAAUACUGUUCUAAGUAACGAAAAAUUUAAAUUCUAAAUUAUUAGCAUUAACUUUAUUCAUCUUUGUAUUAUGCAAUUCCAGUUUUAAACUACAACUAGAAGGGCAGUGAACUUGUGUAGAAUCACCAAAAUUAGAUAAUUUGCAUUUCAUAGUUUAUGUGCACAUAUUGUACGUAUAUGUAUUUUGUCCUUACUAGAACACUGGAAACACUGCCAAAACAAAAAAAAAAAAACCGAAAAAACCUAUCUCAAUUAUUCACUUCUUCGUAUGUACACAUUCUUAUUCUUUCAGCUUACUAAUGAGUAAGGAAGGACUGAAAGAACUAUGGGCUGCCUUUUGUUUUCGUUUUUUCUUAUAUUCAGCAUAAGUGGAUGGCUAAUGAAGUGAGUAAAUGGCUAAUGACAUGAGUACAAUAAAAACUUUAAAAAAAAAGUAACAUGAGUAAAAAAGGAUAUGACAGGGUUCCAUGGUCAUUCAUGCUGCUUAGAAUGCUGUUACCUUCUUUUUGCGUUCAAAGUCUGGUUUAAAUAGUGUGGCCUCUUAGGGCUCUCGGGGCCCCACUUAGUUGUAGGAAUAACUUGCUUAUAUUUACUUUGCAUCUCCUCUCAACUCCUGCAUCACGGGUCUGCUGGAAUUUUGUGCAUACAGACAUCACGAAGGCUCUGAGUGGGUUGGUGAGGAACAGUGGGCACAUACUGCAUGAGACUUCACUUACAAAACACAAGUUCAGAAACAACAUUAAGACCUUCAGACAACAGGAGAGCAUUAAACCAAGGGUGUGGCCCAUUGAGUACAGGGCCCUCUGUGCUGCUGCCCUGGUAAAGGAAGGCAGGAGCAUUCCUGGGGAAAGACUUCAGACAACAUGUAAGCUGAGUGUGCUACAUGGGAGAUAAAAACUCAUCCAUGAGAUUUAUGUUUUGAAACAAAAGCAAUUAAAAUGGCAGUAGGCUCUAUAAAUCAGUUGCCCAAGAAAAAGACACUAUGCUGGAAUCACAAAAUGAGAAUGAAUGGCAGAAUGCCAUAUAAUGCAUUGAUGUAGUUAAGAUUGUGCUUAAAGUACCACAUCAUCACGCUGCUUGAGUCCUAUAGCAGAGAAGGACCCAAACCAAGGAUAUUAUGACUUGCAUAUAAUAAUCCAUAGAAUCCCUUGAAGCUGUGCUCCCCAAACUUGAACAUGCAUCAGUGUCACUGGAGUUGGAAGGAGUCACUAGGGGAGAAGACACUCAAAUCCCUUUCCAGACCCACUAAAUCAAAAUUGCAAGGAAAUACAGACAUCAGGACUUGUAGUCAGCUGGAAUUCUGACAAUAAUGCUUACCGAGUCUGAAACUUUCUACUUAAUGAGUCUAGGUGGUUGUGUCUUCCUUGCAUGGAAAAGAACUUCAAGUCUGUUUUUAAUCUAGUAAAGCAUGUACAAUGAUUGGAACAGAAGGACCAAGGGACCCUGUGUGAACUAUGUAUUUUUUUAACUUUUUAUUAAGGAGAAUUUUAAACAUUUACAAAGAUAUGCAGAAUAAUGAAUCCCAUGUACACAUCACUUGGUCUCAACAAUUCUAAUGACCAAGCAUGUUUUAUCUAUAUAUCUAGUCUUUACCCUUCCAAUUUUAAUUUUUUUACAUAAUUCUGAGUUACAGUUUUUUCCAUUACAUUUUCACAAUUCCUCUAAGGAUUAUGAUAUAUAUUCUGUUUUCUAUUCAAUACAGUAUCCACUCACAUGGCAUCCUUAGUAGCCGUAUUUGUGUAGAAUUCGGUCCCCCUCCCCCACCCUUGAUCACAGGUGACUGGACAGUGGGUAGAUACCAAUUUAAAUUGACUACACUUUAACCCUUGGGGUCUUGUGACGCAUUUUUUUCUUUGGUUUAAGCUAACCCAGACUGCAUUGUUUUUCUAGCUAAGCAUUCCCUGGCUAAUCCACAGCCUCCAUUAUGGAGCUAUUGUGAAGAUUAAAUCAGACAAUAGAUGAGAACUCAGAAUAGUCUUUUUCCCUUCUUCCUUUAUAAUAUGACUCCAACCUUUCUUUCCAGCCAUUAACUUCCUACAUGCACCAUCUGGCUCUGCCUCCGGAUCCACUCACUUUCCUUCUAAAACACCACCAUGGUUCUCCUUCCAUGACUAUAUAGUUUCCUACCUGCCAGUGCUGGCCAGAUGUCCCUGCUCUUCCUCCCAAGGCUCUGCUCCAGAAUCCUCCACGUCGGAGCUCUCCAUGAAGCCCUAGUCCACCAGGAGAGCCCUCUCCGGAGUGGAACGCCACAUGCCAGUACCACUCAAGUAAUCUCAGGUCAUCUUGCCUCGUUUCCUGUCUUUGGUGGUUGUUGAGACAGGGACUGUGUUACUGAGGGAAGCCAUGCUGCUUGGUGUGCAACUCCGUGAACCAUUAAAAAAGAUUGAACUUCA